CGCUUUUGCUUUAAUUCCACUUUCCUCAACAAUUCUUCCCUCACAAUCAUAGCAAACUCCAUAAUUCUCCAUUAUAUAAUUCCGCUUUAUCACACGAAUCACAUUUUCCCGUUGUAAAUCACAAUUCACUUCUAAUCGCCGGUGCCGGAAAAAUGGAGAGUGCACCGUCCACCGACGAUGAGUUCGAUUUGCAGAGUGAGCGUUUUGACGACAGUUACAGUCUCAGUGCUGACAUCAGCGAAUCGGAAACUUGUAGUAGCACGAGUACUUUCUCUUGCCGUCAACAGGACGCUUUCACUUCUCUAUCCUCUUCUUCUACGCUGCAUUUCAACUCCAAUUCCGGUUUCGCUGAACUGCCUACUGUUAUGUUGCCGGUCGUCGGAGGUAGACACGUCAUCAUGCCGGGCGAGAAACCGGAUAAGCCUGAGAUCGAGUUGUCUGAAGUUGAAUUGAUGAAAGAGCGGUUUGCUAAACUACUGCUCGGAGAAGAUAUGUCUGGAGGAGGAAAAGGGGUCUGUACUGCUUUCGCCAUCUCCAAUGCCAUCACCAAUCUAGCUGCUACAGUCUUCGGGGAACUCUGGAAGUUGGAGUCAUUAGCGCCACAAAAGAAAUCGAUGUGGUUUCGAGAGAUGGAUUGGCUUUUGUCUGUGAGUGAUUCAAUAGUAGAACUUGUACCUUCUGAGCAGGAGUUCCCUGGUGGUGGGACUUUUGAGGUUAUGGUCACUCAACCACGGUCAGAUCUCUAUGUAAAUCUUCCAGCACUCAAGAAGCUAGAUGCAAUGCUAAUUGGCAUGUUGGAUGCCUUUUCUGGCUGUGAAUUUCAUUAUGUCGACCGAGGGAUACUUGUCGCUGAUGGAGAAGAUGUCGAAGCAUAUCCUUGUUCCCCAUCCUCUCAUAGACCUUCCAGUAGACUUGAAGAGAAGUGGUGGCUACCAUUCCCAAAGGUCCCACCAAAAGGUUUGUCAGAAGAGACAAGGAAACGAUUGCGGCAGUGUAGGGAAUGCACAAAUCAAAUUUUCAAGGCAGCUCAGGCGAUCAAUGCCAGCACACUAUCUGAAAUGGAAGUACCAAAAGACUACCUGGAGGGAUUGCCAAAGAGUGGGAAGGCAUCCUUGGGGGAAAUUCUCCACCGAUAUAUUACUGCUGAUCAUUUCUCUCCAGAGUGCCUCUUUGAUUACUUGGAUCUCUCAUCAGAGUAUACGACUUUGGAGAUUGCAAACAGAAUUGAAGCUGCUAUGCAUGUAUGGAAGCAAAAAUGUGAAAAGAAGAACUUGAACCGGUCAAAAUCUGGAAAAUCAUCAUGGGGUGGAACGGUAAAAGGACUUGUUGGUCUUGUGGAAAGAUAUCAACUCUUGUCACAGCGAGCUGAGAACUUACUGAGGAACUUAAAGCUAAAUUUCCCCGGCCUUCCACAAACUGCACUGGACAUGACCAAGAUUCAGUAUAACAAGGAUGUAGGACAUUCAAUCCUUGAGAGCUACUCUAGAGUGUUGGAGAGUUUGGCCUUUAACUUGAUGGCAAGGAUUGAAGAUCUACUAUAUGUAGAUGAUGCCACAAGGCGGCGUGCAGCUGAAGAGUCGGCCGCAAUGCUCGACCAGCGAGGAUUCUUUAACGCGCAGUCCCUACAGAAUCAGGUUCCGUGUGCUUCCAAUUUUGCCCGAAAUAACUCUCUCCCCUCCUCAAAAGCUUUCAGUUCCUUGGAUAUAGUAGCUGAAAGCCCAGAGAGAACAGCUCAUUCAAUUGGGCAUACUGUUCUUAGCAGCCCACGAGCUGAGAAACACAAAGCACUCAGUUUUUGAGGAAUCCAAAGGGUGGUAGUGCAUAGUAGGUAUAGAAUACAAUGACUAUUGACCCCUCAUAGUUCUAGAAAUUUAGGGGUCAUUAGAGUUUAGAGAUGGCUAUUCCAACAUCAGUCUAGUACUCUAAUUCUUUGAGUAGUUAGCUGGAACUCAAAGUUUUAGAUAAUGCAAAAUCCAUGCAUCCUAGACACGUUACUGUGAUAAUUUCUUGAAGGUCUAUUCUGGAUUCAAACUACUAUAUGUAUAUUUUUAGAAAGCUUGUAUGAUAUCCAUAUAAACUUGGGACCUUCUAAUCCAAUAAGUGCAACUAUCUGGGUAAUUUCUUUUACCUUAUGUAAAAACAUACUGAAUUGAAUUUAAUUGAAAGCAUAACCAUUAAGGUUGGUCUUUCAGCUUUUUUCUUGUA